AUCGGCUGGCUAAUCUCUGUUAGUUUGCUGUCGUGAGGCUGUCUUUGCAAAGGGAGGCUACUGAAUAAAUAUCUGAUAAAAAUAAAGAGCACUAAACAUUACACGCAGCUAAACUGGCUGUGGAACAAGUUAAAAUCAAUAAGCUUUUGUAGCGUCCGUGACCAGACAAUGAACUUGCAACCACACAAAAGUUUUUAAUUAAGUUCGGGGGGUAAAUCGAUAGCCGUGAUUGUUUCAAAGGGGACACUAAGGAACUAAACCAAUGUUAAUACUAGCAGGGUGGGAGAUCUGUUUUUAUUAUACACGAGUUAGCUGCUCUUUGGUAAAUUCUUUACCGAGUAGUAACUUAGAUAAAUCGUGACAUAUAACAUACAACUUCAAGUGUGUAUUUAACGUGUUAGUGUGUUGUUUUAAAUAUAAACUCAUUAAAAUAUGUUUCCGUGGAUUUACUGAAACGUGUGUUCGUGUUAAUGUGUGGUAUUAGAUACCAGCACGCUAAAAAUCUACAUUGAGCAAAGGACAUAAGCAUAUAAUAUGGGAGGCAACAAAGAGUACUCAGAACUGGAUGCUGAUGAACUUUUCAUGACAGAAACUGCAGAGGAGAAGCGGGAAUGGGAGACCGCAUUCAAAAUGAGAGAGCUGGUGCUACAAAGGUCAAGGCUAGAGUUCAAGCAAUGGGAGGAUAACUUCACCAGACGUCGUUUGUUGGCUGGCGCCCGCAUGAAGAAGUUGAACUUGGCACUGAGGCAGAGGCUGCAGACAAGCCAACAUCAUACUUUAGUGGAUAACGCUACAGGCAACACAAGCCCACAUCAUACACUAGUUGAUAACGCUACAGGCAAAAUAAGCCUAAAUCAUACCUUAGUUGAUAACGCUACAGGCACCAUAAGCCCACAUCAUACCUUAGUGGAUAACGCUACAGGCAACACAAGCCCACAUCAUACACUAGUUGAUAACGCUACAGUUGAUAACGCUACAAGCACCAUAAACCCGUACACCAUCACGGACAGCACAAUCCCACUUAAACCUACAGAAACCACUAGCACUCAUUUCGCUGCAGAGUUCCCAAGCCUAAAUAACACUACAUACAACAUAGGCCAAGAUACUUUAGCAACCAACACGAGCUCAGAUCACGCCACAAUCAGAAUAAAAUCCUACAACAAGUAA